GACACCCUCCAAGUAAGGGGUGCCAGGUGGCCUUGUGGGAAGUGAGGAUAUUGGUCGUAAGGAGCUACUCUGCCAUUCCAAAUGGUCGCCCUUCGUCGCCCCCUUCCGGAGACUGGAUGUGCUCUGUUCAUUUAAUGUGAAAGUGUAAUUCCUUUACUACAACAUGGAGGAUGAUAUAAGAAGGAGGAUCAGGGUCCUUAUGAUGUCCCUGCGGUACCAGAACUGGUGGCACAGCUUUAUCAACCCCAUCGACUACCGUCCCGAAUUAUACACGGAGCUGGAGGUGAAGGACGACCUCGUGAUAACUUUCGGCUACCGCGGCAGCAGCGUGAAGGUGCCUUUGGUGCUGUUCUGUUCAAUUUCAAUGAAGUUGCAGACGACAUUACUCACCAGACCACGUCGGGGCCUGAGCAUCAGCCUCAAAGGGGAAGAUGCUUAUCCUUUCUGGUGGCUGAGGUCCUUCCUGGAACACAAGACGCCGCUGCCGGAUGUGCGGGGGACGGCACUCGUGAUGCUCAUGGCGCACAAAUACGACAUCCCGGGACUCGUCGGCAUGAGUCGCACCAGACUCCGUAUCUUCCUCAGCAUUGAGAACUUUCCCCACGUGUUCAACGCCGCACAUGUAACUGAAGAUGACGAGCUGCUGCAGGAGUGUGGCCACAUGAUCGCAGCGUGGACGGACGAGCUGCUUUCCUUGCCCAAUUUAUCGGUCUUAAGCAAGGGGGCAAUGAUGAGUCUGCUUGAGCAUCGCAGGCUGUCUCCUUCCUCGGAGCUAAAAGUAUUCAAUGCCAUCAUUUACUGGUGGAGCAACAGUGGCAGGAGAAGUUACGAGGACCUGAGUUUCCUGGAUGACUUACGCUGUUGCUUGGAUAAAGUGAGAUAUCUACGAAUGACUGAGCAAGAGUUCAAACAACACGUGCUUCCUUCUGGAGUGAUUCCUUUCGAGGACGUGGAGGUGAUGCUGCAGAUGAUGCUAGGAGAGCGGGAGAGGAGGCGUGGCCUUGCAUAUUACAUCCACAACCCUGAGUUGCAGGGAGCACCGCGCCCCAAUCCUCCGAAAAUUGUUCGUUUCGGUUUAAGAAUUGAGGAUGCUACUCCCCGUGAGCUGAAACUAGUGUACAAAAGGGAUGAAGACGACCGGUACAUCGCCUGGUUCACAGUGGACAAAGCAUGCCUUGUUCGACGGAUUUCCUCUCUUUCCAUCAUGGAUCAAGGCAACGGGAUGUUGACUCUGACAAAUAAGCACGGCUUCAUAGCAACGGGACUGUGGGAGCACUGCGCCUGUACCUUCGAGCGCCCGGUAUUACUGCAACCACACCGAGCAUAUGACUUAAUUUAUCAAAGUACUACUGGACGAAGCGACGAGGAUUGCACGGUGAACAUAAAGAAAACCAUAGGUGGUGUAACAUUCCAAGGGUUACUGUAUACCGCAUAUCUCACCAUAGAGUUCAUUAGAAGUCCUUCUGAAUCUGAAUCUGCAUCAGAUUCAUCAGAGCCCACAGACCACUCGAGCACUGACGAGUCGGACUCGAUAGAGGUCAUUCACGAGGCUGAGGCCAUGAUGGCUGCCCUUCAGGUUGGUGAACAGCCACCAGCACCACCACCAGCACCACCACCAGCACCGCCACCAGCUGCACCGCCGGGAGCGCCGGGAGCGCCGGGAGCGUCGGCAGCGCCGGCAGCGUCGGCAGCGCCGGCACCGUCGGCAGGGCCGGGAGCGUCGGCAGGGCCGGGAGCGUCGGCAGGGCCGGGAGCGUCGGCAGGGCCGGGAGCGUCGGCAGCGUCGGCAGCGUCGGCACCGUCGGCAGCGUCGGCACCGUCGGCAGCGCCGGGAGCGUCGGCAGCGCCGGGAGCAUCGGCACCGCCGGCACCGCCGGGAGCGUCGGCACCGCCGGGAGCGUCGGCACCGCCGGCACCGCCGGGAGCGUCGGCACCGCCGGGAGCGUCGGCACCGCCGGCACCGCCGGGAGCGUCGGCACCGCCGGCACCGCCGGGAGCGUCGGCACCGCCGGCACCGCCGGGAGCGUCGGCAUCACCGGGAGCGUCGGCACCGCCGGGAACGCUGGCACCGCCGGGAGCGCCGGCAGCAGCAACGGGAACCGCUCCGAGAAGAGGAACCGAAGCACAGAGAAAUGGAAGUCAAAAGAGUCGAGGCAGCAGGCAGCCGCCAGGGGGACGAAUGAGAGUGACGAAGAGGGACUGGUUGACAACAAGCCAAACCAAGUACGCAUACUGCGCGAGGCGUUGAAUGAAGACGAAGAUUGGAUAUAUUUAGAUGAGGUGUAUGGCAGAUAAAAUAUAUGAAAACUAGUGACAAAACAUUAAACGGAAUGUUUUUUUCGUCGUUAAGGAAGUUUGCGGUGUAGUUGUACAAAUGGUUUUACAAAGUAUAUAAUAAUUUUUAGUCAACAUGAAUUUUAACUUAUUAUUAUAAGGCAGCUUUCUUAUUCAUGAAUGUAUGGGGCUUUUCCUAAUUACAAAAGGAAAAGUGUGUGGUAUGUGACUUUUUGUUUAUGAAGCUUAUGAUUUUUAAGGUUUUAUGCACGUGAUAAUGGAAAUUGUGUUUAAUCAGUGUAUUGGAUUUUUUAAAUAAAUGUUCCUGCUA